AAGGAGAGCCUAGGGAAGGGCCAAGAGGGGAGAAAAAGGGGCUAAGGGAGGAGAAAGGCUAAGAGAACGCCUGGUCUCACUUCCAUGGUUUAAGAGGGAGAAUGAAAAUGGGCGUGGAAUCAGACUUGUGCCAAUGGGAUUACAGAUACAUGAUGGUUCAGGGCAGGACCACAGGCUUGGGAUAUACCAUACAUUUUGGAGGGGUGAGACAGAGCAUAUCACUUAAAUAAAAUGCAAUACUACAGGUCCAGACCAAGUAUGUUGUUCAGUUAUUGUUUCACUCGCUGGCCACCAGAUGUCAUAGAGGUGGUCACAACACAAAGCAGAGACCACAAGCAGUCUCAGAUGGCAACUCUUUAUUAUUGAACAUGGCUGAUCUUUUAUACACUUCCUAAUUGUUUAUACUACUUGUACCCUAACUAUUGGCCACAAUAAAUCAACAUAUCACCAUUGGUGAAAGUUACAGUGACUUCAGCUAACUUUCUAAAAAUAUUUCAUCCAGCUGCAGAGUUCUCUUCUUAUCUUUAUUCAUUUCCUCACUUCUCUUGGUCUCCUUGGUUACAGCCUUGGAGAGAGCUCCUUCUCAGCUUCUUCUUGCUUCUCAGCUUCUCACUCCUUUAGCUAACAGGCCCGCUGUUAGCCCCUUCCAAUCCAUGGGUCUCCAAGGGGCUGGAAUGAGGCCCUGUCUCCACACGAGGUUGCGAGUUUAUGGCUGUGACCUCCUGUCCGAUGGGAGCGUCCGUGGAUUCAGUCAGGAUGGCUACGACGGGUGGGAUUUCAUCUCCUUUGACCUGGAAUCCGGGAGAUUCGUGGCAGCCGACAGUGGUGCUGAGAUCACCAGGAGACACUGGGAGGGGACCGUGGCUGAGGCAUGGACGAAUUACCUGAAGCACACCUGCCCAGAAUGGCUCCGGAAAUAUGUCAGAUGCGGGCAGAGGGAGCUGGAGCGCAAAGAGCCCCCUGAUGUCCAUGUGUCUGGAAAAGAGGAGCAUGGGACGCUGAUCCUGUCCUGCCACGCGUACGGAUUCUACCCCAGCACCAUCGCAGUCAGCUGGAUGAAGGGGGAUGAUACCUUGGAUCAGGGGCCGGAGUGGGGCGGGAUCGUUCCCAACAGCGAUGGCACCUUCCACACCUGGGCCAGGAUUGAGGCGCUGCCGGAGGAGCGGGAGCUGUACCGGUGCAGGGUGGAGCAUCCUGGAAUGCUGGAGCCCGGGAUCUUCGCUUGGGAGCCGACAUCUGGCGGGAAUCUCACCGUGGUGGUCGCUGUGUCCGUUGUCGCUGCCAUCCUCAUCCUCACCGUCCUCAUCGGAUUCACUGUCUGGAGGCUCCAGUCUGGGAGGAGGGACAGGAAAGGAUACAACCCAGCAGCCGGAAAGGACGUGGGAACCAACGGCUUGACCACAGGAAUCACCGCCUGAGCAAUCCACAGAGCUGGAUCUAGCCCCUUCCCUCUUCCCAGGAAAGCUGAGAGCUGCCAGCAGAGCUCAUCCCGCUGCUCUCACCCACAGCUCUUGCUAAUGGAUCAGAGCUCAUCCCACUGCUCCCACCCACCCCACAGCUCUUGCUAACGGAUCAGUUUCCUGUUUUCCAGUGUUUUGAAGGCAAGAACCACAAAUAUUCCCAAUGCUUCACUUCUGGUGUGAAAUUAUCCUGCUUUGGGCAAUAAAUCCUGCUUUGGGCAAUAAAUUCAGGUUCCCUCC